AUGGACCAGAACAGUUAUCGCCGACCAACCAAAGCACAACAAGAGGAAAUAUUAAAACGGGAAGACAUCGAAAAAACAAAACCCCUUACAAGAUGGCUGCUGAUGCUUCGUUCAUCAGUCGGAAGAGCAACGGGAUCUCCCCUCUUGACGAUUGCAUUCGUAGUGCUGCUGCUACAAGUCUAUGCUGUCAGUCACAAAGGCGGUAGUAGUACGAACUCGAAAGCAAGCAUAUACAAGGGAACGCAAUUCUGGAACGACGAAAAGACACUGGCAGUCAAGACUCUGUAUGAAACACCAUUUGCCCGCUUUCAAAUCCAUAAGGUCAAGGCUGGAAAGAACAUAAUCAACGAUUGGCUUUGGUGUGAUGAAACGGAUAGCAUUAUAGCCUUGGUGCACGAAGCAGAAACAGGAAAAUAUAUCCUCUUUCGUCAAACGAAGUAUGCGAUUCCUGGACCACCGACCUUGGCAACGGUUGGCGGGUUGAUUGAACCUGGUGAAGAACCGUUGGAAUCAGCCAAACGUGAAUUGCAGGAGGAGUUACAAAUGGAAUCCAACGAUUGGAUUUCUUUGGGUACAUAUCGAACUGCUUCCAAUCGUGGAGCUGGCACUUCAUCUCUAUUUCUAGCCAAGAAUGCAACUGGUUCUGCCCAAAUGAUUUCGACCAUCAAGGGCCAACAUGAUCUGGAACGACAGGACAUUGUCAGGUGCACAGAAGAGGAACUAUUGGAGUUUGUAUUGGACGGAAAGUUUGGAGAAAUAAAAUGGGCGGCGGCAGCUGCAUUUUCGCUCCUGAAGUUGCGCUCGUGA